CGUUGUGGUGCGUUUCCACGCGACACCUCAGGCGAUGCCGUCAAGCUCUGGUCACGUACAAACGAUCUUAUCGUCAUAGUCUAUGCGAGCGACCUCAGCAAAUGUCGCUUCGCUGUCGGACUUGGGUAUCAUUUCGACCAAGGGUGGGUCCACAUUGCGUAUGAGGAACACCCUGCACCUCAAGGCGAAGCCUGGAUACACUUCGCUAAGAAGGUGUAUGAUGUGAUGUGGAAUGCCCGUGCAUACCAUGCCCGAAAUAUGCCCAAGCUCAGGUUACGACGAGAAUGCCAUUAAGCACGCUCACCUCCCUCGAUCAAUCUGGGCAGCGAGAGUUGUCUGGGGUAGAUGGGAUGCAAGCAAUCUGAGAAUUAUGAUUGACGUAGAGCAAUGUUCCGGAUGUUGUGUUGGGCCACACGGAUGGACGGUUACUUCUAAUGAUCGAGACGGUCUUGGCAUACCUGGUCUUAUGAAGACGCUUCGCCGUUCGCACUGCUUGGAACUGGAUGGGAGGUCGGUAUGGUUUGACGAAUGUUCUCAUCAAAGGAUUGCGUUGGGUGAUUAUGGAGACUUCUCCGACGGCCAUUUCAAGCGUUAUGGCAACGUAUUGGAGCAUAUGCAGGAUAUGCAGUCACUUGGUUUCGAUCCCACUGAUCCAGCUUAUCGCCCAGUGGUUUCUCGUGCAUCCGGCUAUCAUUCCGCUUUGAAUCGGAUGCAGAACCAGAAUGACCUUGUUGCGACAUUUCACAACGAAGAGAGACACCUGGAACUGUAUCAACCGGUUGGCCUCUCCCUCCCGAAUAACCGACAUUUCACGCUGCUAUUGAAAGCCUUGUCUACCCGUCUUGCAGACAAACACCUCGUGAUAAGAGUCAUCCAAUGUUCACAAGUUUAUGCAGUUGAUCGUAUGGGUGAACGGAAGGAUUUGGGAGGCUCGGCGCUGGAUGGUGGUCGCUGCUCCCUAGAGCCAAGUACUUACACCCCCUUGUGCACUAUUGCAAGCCCACAAGUUUGGCGAAGAGGGCCUGCUUGCGUACUGCGCAGGGAACAGUUCAAGGGAAUUCGGUUAGCCCUAACUGAUAAUUGCGUGUGGUGACAUUAAUGCUAUGUUUCGGAAUGUAGGGAACACUUUUACACUUUAGUAAACCUGGUACAUUUUAUUGCAAGUCAUCUUGCGACUAACUAUCUCACUAAUCACAUCAUUUGCAGCGCCGACCUGGGGGAUCCGAAACUCGUCGAAAAUUGAACAGGCGACGAAUGGAGCAACUAAGUUCUUCUCAGAUAU